GUAGGAAUUCUUCUUGCAUCACUGUCCCUGAGUGAAUCUCACUUAUUUAGAGGAAAGUAAUGCAAAGCUCUUAAUAUGGCUAGCGAUAAAAAGUCGGGAAAGUCUUCGAAAAGUUCCAAGUCAAAUGCAGAAAUUUUCUCCGAAUUUCAAAUGCUUCGCAAUGAGCAAAGAACAAUGGCCAACAAAUUAUCAGAAAUGGAGAUGGAACUGAACGAACACAAGAUUGUAAUUGACACGCUAAAGAAUGUAGAUCCAAAAAGAAAGUGCUAUAGAAUGACAGGAGGUGUUUUAUGCGAACGUACUGUGGCAGAUGUAAUGCCUGCGUUAGUGACAAACAGAGAACAGCUAAUGAAAGUUAUAGAUGCUCUAAACGAGCAAUUAACAAAGAAAGGAAUCGAAAUAAACGAGUUCAAGGAAAAGCACAAUAUUAGAAUCAGAGGGCAACAGUAUGUACAACAACAAAACGAAGACUCCAAAGAAGCAAAAAGAAGCGCCGUUGUUGUUAAUUCGUUGUUUAACAAUUAUGCAUAAAAUCAAAAUUUCUUUAUAAUACAUUUCACGCUUACAUUCAAAUAAUUCUUUGGCAUUUAUUUAUUAAAUCUUCUGGGAGAACGGUUUACUUGAAAUGCAUAAAUAUUCAAUUCUCUUAUAAUUGUCUACUUUGCAUAAAAAAAAAUGGACCUUUAAGCAAUUAUUUUGGUCUUCUGCAGCCAUUAUUUCCUAUAACAUACUUUUACUACAGAUUUAAUAUGGUUAAUU